AUGGAUCAAUUCAGCAUGGAAAAGCGAAGAGACUCUGGCUCACAUGAUAUCACCUCCCCGGAGAAACUUGCCUACGACCGCAAGAGCAACGUGGGGGCCGUUAAGGCGGGAACUCUUACAGCGCUGGUGGAAAACUUGACACGUCACGAUAGCCUCGACGAUUCUUUCAAUCGAAUAUUCCUCACGACAUACAAGUAUUUCACAACCGGGACGGAGCUUCUUGAGCUUCUCAUCGAGCGCUUUGAUUGCGUGUCUACAAGCUGGAACACCACUCCGACGACAGAAUGGUCGGCGCAAACCAAGCAUUUGAUUCGAACCCGCGUGAUAUACGUGUUGGCACAAUGGCUCGGCCAUUACUGGAGUGAGCCGCAAGGCCCUGACACAGAACGAAAUUUACGGAUACUACUGUCCUUUGCAACCCGUGCCGGGGCAUCCGCGGAAACAACCCUCACACACCAACUUCUCACGAUAAUUCAACGUCGAAUUGCAGGUUUCAGCUGCAAGAGAAGGCCCCUCUCAUCCCACUCAGAUCCACCCAAGCCAAUUCUCCCGCGAAAAUUGAACAAGCUCCAAUUCCUCAAGAUCGAUGCUAAGGAGAUUGCGCGGCAACUGACUAUCAUGGAAGCACAUAUGUUAGGCAAGGUACAAUUGGACGAGUUAUUAAAUAAGAAUUGGCAAAGGAAACAGAGCGCCGAGCUAGCUCCAAACGUCAUGGCCAUGAUUCGAUAUUCCAACCAGCUCUCUAAUUGGGUCUGUGCCCUUAUACUCGCAGAAUCGGAUUUGAAAAAGCGGACGCAAGUAAUAGGGCAUUUCGUCAACGUGGCCACUACAUGUCACGAACUCCAAAAUUACUCCGCAGUGGUUUCCAUUCUAGCAGGACUGGAAUGUGCCCCUAUAUACCGACUUGCUCGCACUUGGGCAAUGGUCACUGAACGUAGCUGCAACAUGCUAAGGCCCCUGCAAGCUAUGAUACACCAUGCGCAGAAUUACCAGGCCUACCGUGAUAUCUUACGGGCUUCGGUGUCACCAUGCAUUCCUUUCCUAGGUCUGGUUCUGAAAGACUUGACAUUCAUCGAAGAUGGAAACCCAGCGUUGACGCCGGAAGGGCUUAUCAAUUUCUACAAAUAUACUAUGUUAGCAUCGACAGUUCAUGAGGUUGAACGUUUGAAGGAAGCUUCUUACUGCUUGCAACCGGUUCCCGAGUUGCAGGAAUACUUUGCAACCCAGCUACAAUCAGCUGUUGAUUCACGCGAGUUAUGGGAGAGGAGUUGUCAACUGGAGCCCCGAGGCCGGGAUCUUGGAAAUAGAUCUCGGGAUUUAUAUACCCCCACGGGAGGCAUGUUGGCGUCUAUGGUAGUCGCCUGCAUGGUCCUUGAUGAUUGA